GUUUUCGGUCAGAUCAAAAAUUUAAAAUUGUUAACGGAAAGUGGCAGUUGGGAAGAAUGGAAACCCAAAAGUGCCAGUGCAGACAAUUAAAGGAGGCUCGAGUUCAUGUUAUUUAUACGGGAGGAACUAUUGGCAUGAUGCGCAAUGAGGCUGGCGUUUUGGUACCUAUAGAGAAGGAGCUGCCCAAGCGACUGCGUGAAUAUCCCAACUGCCACGAUAAGACGUACACGCCGAUCUAUGAAGAUAAUGAGGAUCCUCCUUUGGUCCUGCCUGCUGUGGAGGGUGCGCCGAUUCGGGUUGUCUAUGAUAUAACAGAAUAUACGCCACUUUUGGAUUCCAGCUGCAUGGGCAUGAAUGAUUGGAAACGCAUAGCAAGCGAUAUAGGUGAAUGCUACGAGCGUUAUGAUGGCCUUGUCAUACUGCAUGGCACCGAUACAAUGGCCUACACGGCAUCAGCUCUGGCUUUCAUGCUCGAGAACUUGGGUAAGCCCGUUGUGAUAACGGGCGCUCAGAUACCCAUAUUCGAAAUGCGCACCGACGGUCGGGAUAACUUUAUUGGAUCAUUGGUGAUGGCGGGCAACUAUAACAUACCUGAGGUGUUGCUCUAUUUCGACAACAAGGUUCUGCGUGGAUGUCGCACCACCAAGAUUAGCUCAAAAUCCUUUCAUGCAUUCGAUUCGCCGAAUCAACCACCGCUCGGUACAAUUGGUGUGAAUGUUGAGAUUAACCAUCGCCAGAUAUUUCGGCCAUGUGAUCUGGGCAAGUUCUCAGUGGAAGGUAAUUUAGAGAACAAUGUGGGGCUUCUGAAAAUCUAUCCAGGCAUCAAUGCUGCCGUUUUGCGCGCCUUUUUAAGCGCACCAAUGAAGGGAGUCGUCAUCCAGAGCUUCGGCUCCGGGAAUAUACCCAACCAACCGGAAUUACUCCAGGAAGUACGUGAGGCUGUUGAGCGUGGCGUGUUAGUUGUGAAUAUAACACAGUGUCUUAAAGGUUCAGUUGUGCCGAUUUACGAAACGGGUGCCUGGAUGGAAAUGGGCGUGGUGGCUGGCUCCGAUAUGACACCAGAGGCGGCACUUGCCAAGCUGUCCUAUGUACUAGGUAAAGACAAGUGGAAUUUGGAGAACAAGAAGAAGAUCAUGCACUUAAGCAUACGGGGCGAGUUAACCACUAACAUCAUCGCCAAGAUUAAUGAUAUUGACCUAAUCGAGGGAGUGGCGCGCACUCUGCAUCUGUCCAGUUGCAAGGAACGCGAUCAAAUGUGCUCCACUUUCUUCCCAGCACUCGUUGAUGCUGCUGUCCGAGAAGGUAAUGUGGAAAGACUUAAAGCCCUCAAGGAAUACGGUGCCAACUUAUGCGACACCAACUGUGAAGGUCGCACUGCUCUACACCUGUCCUGUUACCUGGGACAAGAGUGCUGCGUCACAUUCCUUUUGGAUGCCGGAUGUCCAGUGGACUUGACUGAUCGAUUUAAUCGUACGCCACUCCACGAGGCCAUUGACUCGGAUAAUCACAAGGUCAUUAAAAUACUCCUUGAAAGCGGCGCACUGCUGCAGGAUGAUAAUGAAUUACAGGCAGAACAACUUCGUGUGCUGGCCGAGCACGGACAGAUCGAAAGACUAGAAUCCUAUCGAUUGGCAGGAGCAAAUCUGACGCUAGCUGAUCGUACCGGCCGCACUCCCUUGCACUAUGCAUCCCAGUUGGGAAACUUGGAGGUUGUGGAGUAUCUUUUGCCGUUCUAUUGCGAUCUUAAAGUUAAGGACGAGCUCGGAUUGGGGCCAAUCCAUUAUGCCAAGGCAGGCAAUCAUGAUGAAAUUGUUGCUAUAUUAUGUGAAAGAAUAAAAAACAACUGUAGUUAAAAAUCAACUGGUCAGAAAAGACAA